AUGGACGAAGAAGAAGAACAAAUAGAAACAGAAAUUCUUGAGCAUGAUGAGUAUAUAUACAUGUUAAAGACCAAGAUACAGAAGAUACAUGAUUUUAGGAAGGUAUCAAUUUCAAAUUUGAACUACAAUUCCCCAGCUCUAAACCCUAAUGCUCAGCCAUUUCAAGCGUCCGUAUCAAGCGAAACAUCCAAGAUUUGUGCGCCAGGUAUCAGCGAGAAUACUUCCCAGAUGCAUUUCUUACCGUCCUUAUCUCAAAGCUCAGUAUAUCACAAAUUACCAAAGUUAGAUUUGCCGAAGUUCGACGGAAAUGUCCUUGACUGGUGUUCAUUCUGGGAUUCUUGCGAGUCUGCUAUACACACGAAUGUUUCACUUAGCGGAGUACAGAAAUUCAAUUACUUGAAGUCGUGUCUUAAAAAUGAAGCUUUGCAAACAAUAGCUGGAUUUGCCUUAACUAAUGUUAAUUAUGAACAGGCUAUUUCAUUGUUACAUGAGAGAUAUGGUCAAAAGGACAGAAUUAUACAAACUUACAUGAAAGCAUUACUGGAAGUUCCAGCACCCAGGUACACUAUACAGAGCGUUAGAAAAUUCUAUGAUACAACAGAGACAUAUAUCAGAGCAUUAGCUUCACUGAAUCAGAAUGAGACCACAUACGGUUCAUUACUUACACCUGUUAUCCUUCAAAAACUACCGCCAGAGGUCAGAACAAACAUUACACGUGCGCACGGGAUGCAGUCGUGGUCUUUGCGUGAAUUGAUGAAAUGUAUACUGAAUGAAAUCAAUAAUUUAGACGCUGGAAAUUUGCUGAAUACCCCUCAAUACUUCAUUCCGACGGCAACUUUUUUAACAAAAUCUGAUUCCAGUAAGCCGGAAAGAAAAAAUACAUCCAUACCAGGCCAUUUACGACAACAUAGACAGAGAUGCUUGUUUUGUGAGGGAGAGCACUCUUGUAUAGACUGUGUAAAAUGUAAAGAUCGUGAACAGAGAAUGAAGAUAGUGAAGGAAAGAAGGCUAUGUUUUAAUUGUCUGGGAAACCACAAGAUUACAGACUGUAAGUCUAAAUUCAAGUGUAAAAUAUGCUCACGCAGACAUCAUACUAGUAUUUGUGGAGUAGAAAAAGAAGCAGAUAAGUAUCCUGUUAUCAACAAUGAGAAAAAGAACUCCACUUCGGUAAUACAUUCUGCUCACUCUACCACACCAGGUUCUGUAUUAUUAAAGACAGCAGUUUCCAUGGUAACCUCAAAAAGUACCUCCAUUUCUGCCAACAUCCUAUUUGAUGAAGGUUCCCAGAGUUCAUUUAUAAGUGAACACCUAGCCCAAAAAUUACAAUUGGAGCCCACCGGAAGUGAAACAUUAUAUAUGUCGGGUUUCGGAGACACAGAGCGUCGCGUGCGACAUUUAAGCAGAACAACCGUGUAUUUAGAAACACCAGAAGUAAAUAUUCCCAUAAAGGUUUUGAUUAUUCCUGAAAUGUCCACACCACUUAAAUCACAUCACAAACAUGAUGGUCACCUUACUUAUCUGAAAGGGCUCAAACUCGCACACCCUGUCUCAGAAGAUGAAGAUUUUGAUAUCGAGAUUCUUAUUGGUGCUGAUCAUUACUGGGACGUAGUAUUAGAUAAACUUAUCAGAGGUGACGGGCCUACAGCUAUACAGUCUAAAAUCGGAUACCUUCUAUCAGGACCAUUGAAAACUGAUCAUGAAAUACAUUCUACAUCGAUUCCCAUCUGUAAAAUUAACAUUAUGACUGUGAUUACGCAUAAUGAACUUAAAGUAGAGCAUCUUAAGAUAAAAGAGUCGGUCGGAGAAGGAUAUAAGCCAAACCAACAAUUAUGCUACGAAAAAAGACGCGAAUAUUCAGAAAAAUAG